AUGUGUAGUCUUAGAAUCUUUUUUGCAGGCUCUAAUACUGCAAAUUUCAAUAUCCAGAUAGAUGAUAAACAAACAACAUACGGAAAUGAAGGAUAUUAUACAGUAUUUAAAGUUGACUAUGAUGAAACUAACGUACUUGGUUCUAAUCGAGGUGUUGCAACUUUAAGAAAUUGUAAAAUUACAACAAUAUUAAGCUCAGGUUCAUCAAAUAUGUUCUCCAAUAUAGGAUACAAAGUUUGUAACUCUGAUACAAUUUCACAUUAUAUUGGAAUUGCGACAUAUACUGAUACACAGAUAUUUAAUAGUGAUAAAAAUUCUAUUUACAAUCUAAAUGGCAAUACUGGAUUCCGAAUGACUGAUGGAACUUAUACUUUAUCUUUUGUAUUACGAGAAGUUGAUUCGCCUGGUGUUGACACAUAUUGGUACGGUAGAUACAAUGAUAGAAAAAAUAAAAUGUGGAGUAGUGGAACAGCUAAUUCAAAUUCUUAUUCUGAUUUAGAGAAUAUAGAUUCUGGAAUUGCAUUUUCAUGGCAAAAUAGAUUGAUUAGACCAGGUCAAACUCUAUAUUUCAAAAUGUGUCCAUCUCCAACAGAUCAAUCUUCUUCUUACAAACCAUCGUUAACUAUAACUUCAAUCGCUAAUAGUUAUAGACCUAGUUCAAAGCCAUUCUUAAUCAGUGGAUCUUUAAAUCAUUCACGAUCAUCUACAACUACAUUCUACAUUAAAUACAGAUUUGAUAACGAUGAAACCAUUUACACUGAUGCCAAUGCUUAUGUAGUUAGUUCUACUAGUCCAAAAGAUUACUCUAACAACAUUAAUAUCCCUGACGAUUUCUCAUCUGGAUCUCAUACUAUAAAAAUUUGGGCAGAAGAUAGAUAUGGAUACAGAUCCACAACAUAUGAAAAAACAUUUGAACUUGUAAGGAAUCCUCCUAAAAUUUCAUUUACCAAAAACUAUGAAAACAUAGUUUACAAACGAAAUGUUGAUCAAAUUAAAAUAUCAAUCAAUGCAUCAGAUCCAGAUGGAUAUGGUAAUUUUGGUAUUAGCUACUUUGUAUCAGGAAUUUCAAUACAAUCAAACAUUAUUACAGAAAAUAGAAAUUAUAUCAAUGAAUUUUCUAUUGAUUUUCCAUCAAAUACUGCUGAAGAUCGGUACACAGUUACUUUAUAUUGUUCUAAUGAAUAUUCUGGUGAAUCAAGUACUAUUUUAUAUUCAUUUUAUUAUGAAUUUAAUUCACCAGUUCUUUCUAUUGAAGAAUCAACACAAAAAGAAGUUAUCAGGAUUCGUAGUAGCUCAUCUUUAGGUAUUAACAUGACUGUUACAGAUGCUGAUGGAUUUGGAAUUAUUCAAAUUUUUUAUAAAAUAGAUGAAAGAGAGUUUACUGAAUUUGUAACAAUAGAUAUAAGAAAUACAAAUAGAAUUAUCAGAAAUAUUGAUAUUCCAAGAGAUUUAUCAAUAGGAAACCACACAAUUACGUUUUAUGGAAGGGAUGAUGAUCAAAAAGAAUCAGAAAAUGUCACUCAUGAGUUCGCAUUUAAACCAUCAAUUCCCUCAAUCAGUUUAGUUAAGGAUUUACCUCAAUCAGUUGAAAGAUCUUUGAAUCCAAAAGUCGAAUUUGAAGUUAACAUUAGAGAUGAUGAUGAAUUAUAUAAUAUGACAUUAUCAUGUAUGAUAGAUAAUGAAUUAUUAUCAACUUUUGUUAUGGAUUACAGUGAUACAAAAGUUUAUUCUGAUUUCAUAGUAAUACCAUGGAAUUUAUCUAAAGGAUCUCAUUCAUUAUCAUUUGUUGCUAUCGAUUCUGAUGGAAACAAUUCAACAAACUUGAAUGAACCUAUUAUGAGAUCACGAAAUAAUAAUGUAAUAGAAAUUUCUUUAAAAUUAACAGAUAAUGAUGGAAACUCAACAGUACAAAUUUAUUAUACUUUUGAUGAAUCCAAUUACAAAUAUUAUGAUACAUUCUUUUUAGAAAAUAAUAUGAGUUUAUGUGAUAUUAUUUUUCAGAAGAUUUUGUGUUCUUCUUCAAAAUUUUAUUUUUUUAUUAAAAAGAAUCUUUACAAAAUAUACAUUUACUUUAAUUAA